UUACGAUCAAGAUUUACAAAGAAAACUCAAUCUCCAAAACCAACUAAGUACAAAUUAAAAUGGAAAACGGCACUCACACUUUAAAUACUAAAGAUACUUGUGAAAGCAAUAAAGUCGAAAAUGAAGAAAAAUCACCACCACAAAAACUCCUUCACGAUGAAGUUGUCGAUGCUUUAAUUAAAGAAGCCGAAAAAAGAGGAUUAACUAAUUGUCAACUCGAUAUAACAUCCGGUAGUGCAAAAGGAGAUAAUUUUAUGGGUAUUUUAGCGAAAGUAAAAGUAACAGGAAAAAAUGUUGACGGAGAAGAUGUCGAAUGGAAUUGGAUUGCAAAAGCAGCCCCACAAACCGAUAUGUACCGUUCAAUGCUAAAAAUAGACAUUGCAUAUGCAACAGAAGUUUACAUGUACAAACUUUUCGAUCAACUCGACGAAUUCCAAGCAGAAAAGAAACUUUUACAACCCUUUAACGCCCAUCCGAAAUUCGUACUUUCAUAUCUCGAACCGUAUAAGGAGAGUUUUGUUAUGGAAGAUUUGAAAGCGGAAGGUUAUGUUUUGAGAGAUCGGAAACAACCGCUCGAUCUCCAUCACGUAAAGCACGUCAUGAGGGAAUAUGGUAAAUUUCAUGCGAUUUCAUUUGCUUUGAGAGAUCAAAAACCGGAACUUUUUGCUAAAUUGGCUAAAGAAACUAAAGAUAAAAUAUUUAGUAUGGAUGAUAUCGCUGAAUUGGAAAAAAUGAAAAAGUUUCAAAAUAAUUUUUGUGAAAAACUUUUGGAUACAUUAAAUAAGGAAGCUGAUGCAGAAGCGAUUAAAUCUUUUAAAUAUUACGCCAAAGAUCCUAUUCAAGUUCAUAUAGAUUCAGUUGAAAAUACUAAUGAGUACAGUGUUAUUUUACAUGGUGAUUGUUGGACUAAUAAUUUUAUAUGGAAGUAUGAGGAUGCUGAAAAUCCAGAACUGCCGACCAAAGUAUGUAUAUUAGAUUGGCAAUUAUCUCGUUACGGAUCAGUAGCAUUAGAUCUUUCCUACUUCUUUUACGCUUGCACAAGUCAAGAAUUCAGAGAAAAACACUACGACAAAAUGAUUCAACUGUAUUAUUACACGUUGUGUUCGCAUUUAGUGGAAAUGGGAAGCGACCCGGAAAAACUAUUUCCGUACUCGGCGUUGAUUAACGAACUGAAAAAUCAUUGCACGUUCGGUGUUUAUAUGGGCACAAUGGUUUUACAUAUCAUGAUGAGCGAUAAUACCGAAGUGCCCGAAUUCGGUAAAAGCGAAAAUGUCGAUCAGUUCAUGGAGGCUUUCGAUUAUAAAAGUGUUAACGAUAAUCUUUUUAGAGACCGUGCUAGGGGAGUUAUAGUGCAUAUGCAUCAAAAAGGAUAUUUUGAUUACUUAAAAGAAACGUAGUUUAAAAAAUAACAGUUUUAAAUUAUUUUUUCCUUAUAUUUAUAUAAAUUAUGU